AUGAGUUUCAAAGGCUUCCAGAAGAGCAUUGCGCGUGCGCCACAGCAGAUCAAAGCCAAGUUCAAUAUUGGUGAAACCACCCAGGACGCUGUCUAUACCGAUGCCGAACGCCGCUUCGAUGAACUCGAGAAAGAGACAAAGAAACUACACGAUGAAUCUCAGAAAUACUUCACUGCUAUCAACGGCAUGUUGAGCCACCAGAUCGAAUUCUCCAAAGCUAUCGCCGAAAUCUACAAGCCUAUCUCCGGUCGCGCAUCCGAUCCUAACUCUUACCAGUUUGAAGGAAACGCAGAGGGUAUUCAGGCCUGUGAGGAAUAUGAAGUGAUCGUCCGAGAGCUGCAGGAGGCGCUCGCUCCAGAGCUGGAGAUGAUCGACAGUCGCAUUAUCAGUCCCGCGGACCAGUUGCUCGAGGUUAUCAAGGUCAUUCGCAAGGUUGCCGUCAAGCGUGACCAUAAGAGGUUGGACUUUGAUCGUCGCAACGAUACACUGAAAAAGUUGCAGGACAAGAAGGAAAAAUCGCUCAAGGAUGAAAAGGCCCUAUACAAGGCUGAGAACGAUGCGGAGACGGCAACCCAGGAAUACAACUAUUACAAUGACUUGCUGAAAGAAGAACUGCCUAAGCUUUUCGCUCUCGAGGCGGAGUUCAUUCGUCCACUCUUCCAGUCCUUCUACUAUAUGCAACUCAACGUCUUCUACACCCUUCACGACCGCAUGCAGGGCAUGAACAUCAACUACUUCAAUCUGCAACUCGACGUCGAAGAAGCCUUUGAACAGAAGCGCGGCAAUAUUCAAGACCAGGCCGAGGCUCUCACCAUCGUCCACUUCAAAACCAAGGGUCUUGGUCGUUCCAGCUCGAAACUGAAUCCCCUCGGCAAGGAAAAGAGCGAGAAAGGCUCUUUCGGCCGCAACCGUGCCAGCUCCACCGCUACCGAUGAUAACCCUCCUCCCCCUUACUCCUCUACUGGUAUCAGCCCCAGUCCAACGGGCAGUUUCUCUUCCGCGGCUAAGAGCAAGCCUGCCCCGCCUCCUCCCAGGGCGAAGCCUUCGCACCUCAGUAACAAGCCUGUGGAGACUGUUACCGCGCUAUAUGAUUACGAAGCUCAAGCGCACGGUGACCUUGGAUUCUCGGCUGGAGAUGUCAUUGAAAUUGUCCAGCGCACCGAGAACACCAAUGAAUGGUGGUCAGGGCGAAUCGCAGGUCGGGAGGGCCAAUUUCCGGCCAACUAUGUGCAAUUGAAUUAG